AAACAAACUUUCCUAAGAAAAUUGAGACGGGUUUUAACGAAGGAAGGGAACAAAGGGUUGUUUGGCAUGCAUUCAACAUGGUUUAUUACUGCUUUUACAGGGAAUAACAAUGCAGCUCAUCUCUGGCUCCCCUAAACACAAAUGCCAUUCAUUUCCCCUUUUUCAGCGGGUAUGGCUUCACAACUAUUGAUAUAAAUUCACCAACGAAAACACGAACCGAUAAAACUGGAGUUGAACUCUCUUUGUCUUUGAUUCGUAUCAACUUACUCAUUUUUUUCUUUAACGAAAUGAUAAUUUAGCAAGCCAGAGUUUGUGCAUACAUAUGAAUUAACGAUAACCGAUAAUAAUUCCAAGAAUGGGAAAGCUCUUAUUUCUCUCCGUGCUACUGUUCAACGGUUGGAUAAAAUUGGAAUGUUUGUCGCAACUUAACGACGAUAACUAUUCGGGGGGAGAGGUUAAGGAAGCAAAGUCGAGCAAUGCUUCGGAUGUAGACGCUUUAGGGUACAUUGCAUUCUGUCCCUGCAUGGGAAGAUUUGGAAAUCAAGCCGAUCAGUUUUUGGGUGCAUUAGCAUUUGCAAAAAAUGUGAAUCGUACUCUAAUUCUUCCUCCGUGGGUGGAAUACAUUCUUUAUGAAGUUGGAUCGAUCCAAGUGCCAUUUGAUACAUAUUUCAAGGUAGAAAAUUUGCAAACAUAUCAUCGCGUAAUUACAAUGGAGAAAUUUAUGGAGAAAUUGGCUUCUAGCAUUUGGCCACCCAGCAAACGGAUUGCAUUUUGUUACAUGGAAAGGGGGUCAGGUGAAAAGAGUUGUGAUGCAACUAAAGGGAAUCCAUUUGGUCCAUUUUGGGCUAAUUUUAAGGUUGAUUUUAUUGCAUCUGAAAUUUUUGGACCCAAUCUUCAAUACUCUGUGAAAUUUGAUUCGGAUGGGAAAAACAAUUGGGAGAAAAGAUAUAACGGGAAAGAGUGGCCAGUUCUAGCAUUUGUUGGACCCCCGAGUGGCUUUCCCGUUGACGCUGACAAUCGACACUUGCAAAAGUAUUUAGAAUGGCAGGACGGGAUUCAAGAAAAGGCGAAUAAAUUCAUCUCAACUCUGCCAAUGGGUCCGUUUGUUGGAAUACAUUUGAGAAAUGGUGCCGACUGGUCACGCGUGUGUGAACUAGUCGGCGAAUCUACCCAAUUGUUUUCAUCUCCGCAAUGUCUCGGAUACCGAAACGAAUUUGGAAAACUUAACCAUGAAAUGUGUUACCCAUCCACGCCCACCAUAAUUAAGCAAGUUAAACGAGCCGUCAAAAAAAUAAAGGCCACCUCGGUUUUCGUAGCUUCUGAUCGAAAUCACUUGCUCCCCGAGUUGGCAUCAGCUCUAAAGAAAUUGGGGGUGACAGUUACCAAGCUGGACUACGAGUCUCCGCAUGUUGACCUUGCCAUUCUAGGAAAAUCCAACAUCUUCAUUGGCAACUGUAUCUCGAGCUACUCCUCAUUUGUCAAGAGGGCUCGAGACGUAAAUGGUUUUCCCACGGAUUUCUUUGGGUUCCCUCCAACAAUUAAAGCCAAAAAUGGGCUCAACCAUUCUGAUACUGAUGGAUUUCAUGACGAGCUAUGAUACAUUGCUAUAUAUAAUAAUUGAGAAUAUUACUCAUAGAGUAAUACUCAAUAGAUUAAACAGCAGAUCUCAACUUUUUUAAAUUUAUGUAUAAGUCUGAUUUUAAUUUUACUGACGGAGUAUAACUCUCUUUCUCCAUUAUAUGUAUUUGAAUAAAAAGACGAUCAAGUUAAGUUUA